UACCGGUUUAGGAGGGUAAUCGGUGCGUAAUCGGUUUUGAAAAAUGUAAAACCGGUGCCUACCGGUUCGGUCCUAGAUUUUGUCUAAAACCGGACCGGUUACACCCCUAGGUAGAGUAAAGGAGGGGUCUGACCCACGUGGGCGGCCCUCCAAUUAAAAUCUCCCACUCGCACACAGUGGGCAUGAUCUCAGGUUAGCAUCUCUCUAAUGUUCUCAAUCUUAUUCAUACAAGUAAAUAGGCAGUGACCCCAGUAACAAAUGUAAAUACACUGUAUAGCCAAAAGACCAUGGUGACCCCAGUAAGAACUGAAAAUGCACUGUAUAGCCAAAAAGACUACAGUGGCCCUAGUAAGAACUGUAAAUGCACUGAUGGAACAAGAAAAAUGGACUGUAAUGGUCUCAUAUGAACCAUCUUUGUAGACUGGCCCAACUGGUUGCUGUAGUCUGGCUGUUUUUGUAAACUGGCCCAACAGGUUGCCAUGGUCUGGGUAGCUGUCCUUGUAGACUGGCCCAAAAGGUUACUGCGGUUUUAGUAGGUUAUGUCUUUACAUGUGACUAGGCCUAGAUGACUACUUAAGAUAGUGGGAGUAUGGUUGAGAUUUAUGAUGAUAAAUUCUCCCAUAUUUGUUUUUUUUUUUUUAAAUUUGCACGGGAAUUGAGCUAGAAAUCUAAUAAUUGGAUAUUGUGGUGCAAUAGAUGAUUCUGAAGCCUAGCAAUUUUUCGAUCUUGCGACAUGUCUAUAUUAUUCUUUUUCUAAUUUGAAAGGACGCGGUAGAUUUCUUAGGUGUGUGUGUGUGUAAUAUCUCUUCUUUGCGUAUUGUAGUGAAAUGACAUCCAAGAAUAUUGUUGCCGACUUAAACAAAGGGGAGAAAUUAGAUAGGGGAAACUAUGACAUAUGGCAUCGCAAGAUCCAAUAUGUCUUAGAUGAGCAAGAAGUCUUGGAGACCUUAUCUCACACCCUUACUAUGCCCGGGGAAGGGAACUCGAAACAACACAAGAUAGAUCAACAAGCAUAUACCCAAUGGGCUAAGAAAAAUAAUUAUGUUAAACAGCAUGCACAAUGAUCUAAUGUGUGAGUUCGAGGUCUAUGACACUGCCAAAAGCAUGUGGGAGGCUUUGAAGUUGAAGUUUGGUGGAACUUCAGCCACUAGGUUGCGUGGAUUAACCAUGAGGUUCGACUCCUAUAAGAUGCGCUCUGACCACACGAUGAAGCAGCAUCUUAGGGCUAUGUCAACUAUGAUCCGCGAACUUAGGUCGGCAGGAAACAACCUGACAGAUGAAUAGCAAGUACAGGCAGUGAUAAGAUCACUACCGAAUUCUUGGGAGAAUAUGAGCCAGAACCUGACGCAUAACGAGAAUAUCAAAGACUUUGAUGAUGUCUCGCGUCACUUGGAAUUGGAGGCUGAGCGCCUAGAGGCUGCUAAGCCCAAUCAUACGGCCUAUGUGGCUAAUGCUGGUCCACGCAAGGCAUCAAGGCCUAAGUGCAAGAAGUCCAAGAAUGGAAUAGCUGCUGGACAUAUUAAAAAAGUGUCAGAAACUUCUCAGUGCACCAAGAGGGGCAAGCGUGGGAAAAACAAGUCAAAAUUAGAGUGCUUCCACUGCGGAAAGAUUGGCCACUUCGCUUGUGACUGCACUGAGUCGAAGAAGGAGCGACCGAGCACAUAGCGCGAGAUAGAGUCGGAUUUGUGGAGUAUCGCCGGAUUCCAACUGGGAGCCGUGAUAUCAAGGUGGGGAAUGGAGUUAGCGUGGAGGUACUGGGACUUGAUACCUACAAGCUGGACUUGCAGGGUGGCGGCACUCUUUUCCUCCACAAUGUGCUAUACGCUCCCGAGA